UUUGUUUUGUUAUAUAUGCUCAUUGACUCAUUGUCUUCUAACUAGUAAUUAACUACACACCUUCCUUCUUCUUUGUCUUCCUCUUCUUCCUUAUCCAAUUCUUAAACAUGGUUGUAGCUACACUCUUGCUAUUACUGCUUUUCAUUGCAGCCAUCAUCAACAUCUUCUUUAACAUACCCACUAACAAGAUUUGUGCGUGCCUUCAAAUUUUGUUCCCCAAGAAGACCAAAACCAAUACUACUGCUGAAGCUUCAUCAUCACCUUCUAGAUCCUCAGCAGCAUCUGCGUUGAGGAAAGAGGAGCUUAGGAAGGUGUUUUCGACUUUCGACAAGAACGGGGACGGGUUCAUCACAGGGCAGGAGCUGAAGGAGUCACUGAGGAACAUCAGAAUGUUGAUGACGGACACAGAGAUUGAUGACAUUGUUGUCAAGUUUGAUUCCAACGGGGACGGGUUGCUUGAUUUCGAAGAGUUUUGCUUGCUAACGAGGGAAUUGGGAGGUGAAGUUGAACAAGAGGAAGAAGAGGUGAACUUGAAGGAGGCGUUUGAUGUGUUUGACAAAGACAAAGAUGGGUUAAUAUCAGUGGAGGAGCUUGCUUUGGUGCUAACUUCCUUGGGAUUAAGGGAAGGGAAGAAUAUUCAAGAGUGCAGGGACAUGAUUAGGAAGGUUGAUAUGGAUGGUGAUGGCAUGGUUAAUUUUCAUGAGUUCAAGAAAAUGAUGAUCAAUAACAAUGGAGGAAACCGUUUCAAUCCAUCCAUCUUUUCAUAAAACCCUCAUCACCAUGCAAAUUCUGUAUUCUCUAUUGUAUAUUACUAUUGUCACUCAUUCAUUUUGAAGUUUCUUUGAUAUCUAUAUGUUUGACUUAUUAUUAUGACUACCUUAUAAAUUUUCAACUAUUAUUUCAAGAA